GGUUGCACGGUUCCCCACUCCACUCCACACCACCGCACCAGACGCUGAGCUCCUCUGCCGAGCUCCGAACCCGAGAAAAACCGCGAGAAUCCCAAGUGCCCAGCCAACAACUCCCCACCCCCCCCUCCCCGAGCAGGCAAUGCCCGUCCAGGAUCCCUCCUCCUCGCCCUCCGCCGCGGGCGGCGGCGCGCGGCCCAAGCGCACGUCGUCGGCGCCGAUCCGGCCCGCCGACUACGCGCACAGCCCCGCGCACCACUGCGUCGCGCUGCGUGACGCCGCGGGGCUGCAGGCCAUCCUCGCGGGCCUCCCGCCGCUCGCGCACCCGUCCCGCGUCCUCACCGCCGCCGACGCCGCCCGGGAGGCCCGCCUCGCGUCCUCCGUCGCCGCGGCGCUCGACCGCCGCGACGUCCCCGGCGGGGACACCGCGCUCCACCUCGCGGUCCGGCUCCGGCUGCCCUCCCUGGUCUCCGCGCUCGCCGCCGCGGGGGCGGACCCCACGCUGCAGAACCACGCCGGGUGGACCCCACUCCAGGAGGCGCUGUGCCUGGGGUGCAGGGACAUCGCCGCCUGCCUACUCCGCGCGCACCGCCUCGCCGCCUGGGCCAAGCUCCGCCGCCGGGCGCCGGCGCUCUCCGCCGCGCUGCGCCGGGUCCAGGACUUCUACCUCGAGGUGGAUUUCCACUUCGAGAGCUCCGUCGUGCCGCUGCUCUCGCGCGCCGCGCCCUCCGACACCUACCGCAUUUGGAAGCGCGGCGCGGACCUGCGCGCUGACACCACGCUCGCGGGGUUCGACGGCCUCCGCAUCCGCCGCGCCGACCACUCCUUCCUCUUCUUCGGCGAGGAGGCUAACGCGGGCGGCCGCCGCCUGCCCCCGGGCUCGCUGCUCGUGCUCCACCGCGGCCGGCGCGAGGUGCACGACGCGUUCGCGGCGGCCGCGGCGGCGGGCGACGAGGACGCCGCCACAUCCGACGCGGCCGCCUACCGGCCGGGGCUCAACAUCUCCUCCGCGAGGCUCGUGCCGAGGACCACCUGGCUGCGGAAGGAGAAGACGGAGAACGUCGGCGAGUGGAAGGCGCGGGUGUUCGACGUCCACAAUGUCGUCUUCUCCUUCCGCACCCUCAAGGCCGCGAAUGCUGGGCGCAAUGACUUCACUUUCGAGUUCGCCGGAGACGAGGACGGCGGCGACGACGACGAGUUCCUGCCGCUUGAGAUCCGGGAUGACGACGAAGACGGCGACUUCCUGGUUGCCGACAUCCCGCCGCCGCCGGCGCGGCGCAGCUGCUACGUGCCAGGCCGGCGCAGCGUGGCGGGGCCGCCCUCACACUUGGGCACCCCGCAGAGGCGGAGGAACAGCGUGGACGUGCCGCGGCGGCUGCCGGCGUGCGCAUCUGUGGGGCGCGGCGAGGACGGCAUCUUCGGCCGGCACUCAGGGACGACGACGACGGGGGGUGCCAAGUGGAAGGAGGAGGAGACGGUGAAGACGUUGCGGCCGUCGGUGUGGCUCACGGAGGACUUCCCGUUGAGUGUCGAUGAGUUCCUGCCGCUGCUGGACAUCCUUUCCAGCCGCGUGCGCGCCGUGCGCCGGCUCCGCGAGCUGCUCACUACCAAGUUCCCACCAGGGACCUUCCCCGUGAAGGUUGCUAUCCCUGUUGUGCCGACGGUGAGGGUGGUCAUCACAUUCACCAAGUUUGUACCCCUCAUUGAGCCGGAGGAAUUCUUCACACCAAUGUCGAGCCCCAGUCUCUUGGCGAGCCCAGGGCCAGGAAGCAUCAUGGCCAAGGCCGACACCCACAAGAGCUCCUACCUUAAGUGGAGCUCGAAGAGCUCAAGAUCGAAGCCCGCAAACCUAUCACAGGUCGCGGACAACGCCGACCCCUUCACGGUGCCUAGCGACUACACCUGGGUGAACAGCCUCGGUUCCAAGAACCAUGACAAGAAGUCGUCCAAAUCCAAGAAGGGUAAAGCCAAGGAGACCUAGAAAUUGAGAUCCAUCUAGUGGUAUUGUGUGAGUGAAAUCUAUGCACAGACCAUUACCCCAGAAUCUGUAAUUACCAAGCAUCUGGGAUGCACCUCGCCAUUAGGGCGGUUUAGAUGCCAGAGAGACAGGGAGUUAGAGAGUGUCAAACUAGGCCUGCCGUUUUCAUUUCUCUCUUCACCAGUUCCUCUUUUCAUUGAUUGUUCAGCAAUGUGUUGUAAAACUUGGUAGUACUACCAAAAUGCAAGAAUUCCAUUGCUAGUUCUGGCACAUGCAUCA